UCAGAGGUUAUUCUUGUAUCAGGUUCUAUGAGCUUUAUAACACAUAUUAAACCUUUUCGAAGCUCUCUUCAUAUGGAUCCUAAAAAUCCAGAAAUGAUUAUUAUAUGGGAACAAAAAGAAAUUAAUGAUAACAAGGAAAAUGUAUUAAUGGCUGGAUGGAUUAUGAUUUGA